UUAAACCGGUCCCGUUAUUGGGAUUAUUAAUCACAGAGCUCGUUUAUCCCAAACAAAGACGACAGAGUGUAAACUACAGAGAGUUCUUAAACGACGGCCGGAAAAAGACGAAGCUUUUUAGGGUUAAUCAUCUUCAUCAACUGUGAUUCUUUUAGCCAUGACUGAGAAACUGCAGUGACAGGGGAGAGUGAUGGCCGCUGCCGCUGGUUGCUGGAUGUCACCUAAAACUAAUUUUUCCGGCGGAGGAGCCAACUUGCAAACUGCUUCUCAUAUUCGUUUCCUCCGGUUCGACAUUUCGGGCAGAAGCACCCAUGUCAAGCCAAAGGCGUGGACCGCAAUGGGAACCUUGAAAUCGAGCCAUCUUAGCUUCGCUCGAGUAACAUACAAUCACAAAUCUCUAUUAACUGCGGUUCCUAAUGCAAAUGAUGGUCACACAUCCGCCUCUCUUGUUGACGAAGAAGAACCGAAUACUAACCAUGCACUUAGUUCUGAACCAGAAACUUUCUUAAGUAAAUGGUCACCUCCGUCAUAUCUAUGGAGGGGGUUGUCUGUUUUGGUUGUGGCCGGGCAGGUAAUUGUCAGGAUUUUAAAGGGAAAAAUUCACUGGAGAAAUACUCUUCAACAGUUGGAGAGAGUUGGACCCAGGUCAGUUGGGGUUUGUCUAUUGACAUCUGCUUUUGUUGGUAUGGCUUUUACCAUUCAAUUUGUGCGAGAGUUUACCCGGUUAGGAUUGCAACGAUCUGUCGGUGGUGUAUUAGCUCUAGCUUUUGCAAGGGAAUUGAGUCCUGUAGUCACAUCGAUUGUAGUUGCUGGCCGUAUAGGUAGUGCAUAUGCAGCCGAGUUGGGAACAAUGCAGGUUUCGGAACAAACCGACACAUUGAGGGUUCUGGGCACCAACCCUAUCGAUUAUUUGGUGACUCCUCGAGUGAUUGCUUCCUGUAUCGCUCUACCUUUGCUAACUCUAAUGUGUUUCACAGUGGGAUUGGCGUCCAGCGCCAUACUAGCCGAUGGUGUCUUUGGAGUUAGCAUCAACAUCAUACUGGAUUCAGCUCAUCGAGUACUUAAAUCUUGGGAUAUAAUCAGUGCAAUGAUCAAGUCGCAAGUUUUUGGUGCCAUCAUAUCAAUUGUGAGCUGUGCUUGGGGAGUUACUACAUCAGGAGGCGCUAAAGGUGUCGGUGAAUCAACAACUUCCGCUGUCGUUAUCUCACUUGUCGGUAUCUUUAUUGCUGAUUUCGCAUUGUCCUAUUUCUUUUUCCAAGGAUUUGGGGAUUCUCUAAAGAAUGCUAUGUAAACAAAUGAGCCUGUUUGUCAAUGAUAUUGAACUUUGUUUAGCUAUUGCAGAUCUAUCUAAUUAUAAAUAUCGAAAAGUUUCUUAA